UCAGCUAGUGGAAAACUUCACCAAUACCGCUUCGAACCAGUUUCAGCUGCCCUAGACCGGUUCUCACCAACUUGACAGCUUCAAGUAUUCAGUGAGAUCAAUCAAGGUUUUUAUUAUUCGUCGACUGGGUUCUCGCUGCGCGAGCUCUCAUCUUUUUUUCGCUCAGUGCGGGCUGCAUAACCCACCAAUGAGUUCGUCUGCUGAUUCGUAUAUUGUGACUUUUCGCUUUUGCUUGUGUCAAGUGUAUUAAAGCUAGCUAUAUGCAUUUUAUUUUCCCCUUGCAAACUCGAGGAUUAUAACAUACCUGGCACCGGCAAAAAUUAUGGAGUGCAAAUAUAACUAACCAAUCGGAGAGCAGAUAUGUGUUUGUAAGAUCGAAAGUAGGACGGAAAUAUAAAUUUAGUGUAUUAGCAUGGCGGAAUGGUGAAUCGCUAAUACAUUUUCUUUUUCGAAAUUUCACGUAGUUGUAAUUACAUCGUGUGUAGUUUCACAAUGUGGGAUUUAAAUAAUAUGAUUAAUCGUUGUGUGAAGUGUGGAUCUAAGUUUACAUCUCCCGAGAAACCGUUGAAACUUUUACCAUGUCUUCAUUCAAUGUGUUUGGACUGUUUGUAUGGUCGAACCCCUGUUCGCCGCAAUAGCCAACAUGUAGAGACUGUAGUUGCAACUGAAAAGCCGGACGAGGAAAACAAAGAACAACCUGUAUCAAGUAUAACUACAAAUGAUGUAGAGGAUACUAUUAAAAAUAAAGACGAAGCUGAACCUGAUAAUAACAUAAACAAAACAAACGAAGAACUUGAAAAUUUAGCUGAAAGCGCCCAAAGCAGUGCGACAGAUGCACCGAGUGAAUCCCCCAAACCCGCGCCAACUACUGCCACCACAUCUGAUAAAGUGGAUGCAGUGCUUUCAAGUGUAGACAAUGAUGCUGUGAAUUCUGAAAGUCACAUCAAUGGAGAAAAUAUUGAGGCAGGUCCAUCGGAAACGAAUACAUCUAGUGAUGUGGAUAAGUCGCUUUCAACUAAAAAUAAAGAAGAGCACGAGAUUGUGGAUAUUAAACCUAAACCAGUUACAGAGUGCCCUAUAUGUCGGGAUCCAAUUGACCAGCCAGGCACAAGUCUAAUGGACAACAUGUUUGCAGCUCUAGACCCUGACCAGGCGUCCUCUCCCCAGACCAAUAUCAAGCACAUGUGCACGGCGUGUGAUGAGGGGGAAGAAGCAGGAUCCUACUGCAUGCAGUGUGAGGAAUGGCUGUGUGAUAGCUGUGUUGAUGCUCACAAGCGUGUCAGGAUUACUAAGGACCAUUCAAUCUCUCCUAAGGAUGAGGUGAAGGUAGUGACCAGUAAAUCACCAUGGGAACAACUCAUGACAUGCAAACAACACAAACAAGAGCAGCUCAAGUUCUUCUGUGAGAAGUGUGAAAAGCUGACCUGCAGGGAUUGUCAGUUGAUGGACCAUAAGGAACACAAAUACCAGUUUCUUGACCAGGCUGCAGAACAGUACAAGGCAAGAUUGAAAGGUAGCCUGGCACUAAUGGGAGAGAAGAGGGCCAAGUUGGCAACUAGUCGGGAGGAGAUAGAACAGAAGCUGCACAACUGCAAGGAGCAGAAAGACAAUCUGCAGCAAGAGAUACUCAAACAGGCAGACAUUCUAGUCAAGGGAAUCAGACAGGCUGUGUGGGGAGUUUUAUCCAAUUUGGCAUCAUUUACUGAUGCUGCCACUAAGCGUCUAAAUAAAGAAAUUGAUGAUGUCUCUGACUUGGUGGGCAAGUUUGACCACUGCAUCCAGUUUAUGGAGGACAUAUUAAAUGAAGGUUCUAGCAUGUCCCUUUUGUACUCUAAAGGCAAUGUUGAGACUAAAUGCAGGAAGGUUUACCAUACUCAGGUUGAUCCUCAGUCAUUGAAAGGAACUUUGUUAAUUCAGUAUAAACAUGAUGUAAAUUGGCUCCUUGGCAAUCUCAACAAAAUAGGGGCUAUCUUUGUCAAUGGUGUUAGAUACCCACCUGACAAAAACGGCCAGGCAGCUCGUCAAGGCCCAAGCAGUGCUUAUCAGGAGUCUCGUUCUGGUUCCAUGACAGCAACUAGUCCACAUUUACAGCAUAUGGCCAAUCAGCCCAUUCCUGGUCAGAGGGUACAGUCAGAUUGGUCAAAGUUUAUCCAGACAGUGUCAACUAAAAACUCAGCUCCGCCCAACAUGACCAUGUCAGCACUUGGAGGGGCGGGGUCAUUGCCACCUCAGCUUACACUGCCAUCAAACAGACGCCCCCAGGGGAGUAGCAUGGGACAUUCUUGGCAGACACCACCUGCUAUAUCAGGAUCUACUUUCCCUGGUCACUUUGUUGCAGGACAACUACUCACACCACACCAGCAGCAGCAACAGACUACCAGACCAGCAUUUACCCCAAUGAGACUACAUCACAGACCAGCAACACAGCCUGCUUUCCCUGGCCAGAUGGACCACAGAAAUCAAAGUAUGCACAGUCCACCCCAGUAUCGUAUGGGUGGGGAAGCCAGUGGAACUCCACGAUCAGCUCACAGCACUCCUGACCCAGCUAGACCUGCCAGUGCUGGGAUGUACGAUGGAACAGUUAGACCUGAUAGUGGGGGUACAGCCAUGAUUGAUGUUAAGAAAGAGAAACGUGACCACUCACCAGAUUGUGUGAUUAUGUCGUCCAGCAUGAAGACUGAAAGAUCACCAGCCUUUCAAACUAGUCCUAUGAAGCAGUCUGAAACAGUUCUUGAAAUGCAACGCAACUUAGAUGAAGUAAUCAGAGCUGUUCCUAUGGAUAUGAGCGACAAUUUAGAGCAGAUAAGUGGGCCCAAGUCUAGAAGUUUGGACAGUGGUCACAACACUCCUCGUACAUCACCUGGGCCCUCUCAUCACGACAGUGGCAUUGAUGGAAUGCAUGAUGGACCACAUUCUCCUACAGACCAGGAGCUAAGGGACAACUGGCAAGGUGGCAACAGUAUGCCAGGAUUUUCUCUCUCUCAGGCUGAUGCUCAGGGUGACCCCAACGAUGACUACUGUGCUUGCUGCCAUAAUGGUGGGGAUGUCUUGUGCUGUGACAAGUGUCCUAGGGUCUUCCAUCUGCAGUGUCACAUCCCAGAACUGUCAGCUGUUCCAAGUGGCUCAUUUGUUUGCACUAUAUGUGAGGGAGAUAACCCUGUUAGUGCUGAUGAUGGCAAACGUAAAGCACCUGGAGGACUCACAGAAAAUGAUGUCAAGGUAUGUGAACGGAUCCUUUUAGAGUUAUUCUGUCACCCUUCCAGUGUACCAUUUCAGGAGCCUGUGAACAGAGUGCAAGUCCCAAAUUAUUACAAAAUAAUAACCCAGCCCAUGGACUUCACUCAGAUAAAGUGCAAACUUCAACGCAGACACCAUAAUCAUUACCAUAGUAUCAAAGGAUUUCUGUAUGACCUUCGUCAGGUGUUUGUCAACUGUGCUAUCUACAACAAGGCAGGUUCUGAGGUUGGGAAGGCAGGAAAGAUUGUGAGGUCAUUGUUUGAGUCAAUUGUUGAACGCCUGAUGCCACAGUAUCUCAGCUUUGUGAAGGAGAACCCUUCCCCCUGCUUCAGUGCUCUGCAACAGAAGAUAGACCCAGAAGUUUCUGGUGAAAGUGAACCUGAUGGAGUUUCAGCGGCUAAACGACCUAGAGUGGACGAGUGACCAUUGGAAGGUGUUUCAGGGGGAUUAAAGCAUUCAGUUGUUUAUACUGGCUUUGAAGCCAUUAUUUAAAAUUGUGAAUGUUGUGUAGUGAAGCAUUUAAAGAAGCCAUUCAUACUGGUUAAACUUGUGAUUCCUCUGGAUUUGGAUAUAUUUCUUUGGAACAUGUGGCUUGAUUUUUCACAUUGGAAAUUACGUUUUGAUUCCGUGAAUUUCUAGAGUACAACUAUUAAAGUUUUGGAUUAUACUCCUAGAAGGAUUUUUUGAUGGCAGACUUUGCCUUAAAGUGCACCCUAAAGAAAUUGUCAAUUGCACGACAUAAAAACUAAAGGCAUUGUUUAUACAAGUAUCCAAGCAAGCUAGGUGGGAGUGUAUAUUUUUGCAACUUCUCAGCAGCUUUGAGACUGGACUGUCCAUGAAUCAACUUCUGUAAGUUUUGUGUCGGGCAUUAGUUUGUUGAGCCUUUUCACUGUUUGCAAUAUUUAGUCUGAAAAUCAUUCGAAAGGAGUGGUAUUAGGUUAUUAGGCGUAUUUUUCUUAACUGUUAUACUGGUCAAAUUUAAACAAGGGAAAAUGUGGUACGGCAGACUUAGAUGACUUUGUAGUUCCUAUAAUUAAAUUGAGCUUCAUUUAAUGCACCUGCAUUACUAUAAACUUGUAUAUGUGAAUAUGAAUACAUGGUUCCAGUGUACAAUGAAUGAGUAGAUUUAUAAUGCACAUUUAGUAGGUUCUCUCUUACCAUUCCUCACCUUCAUGGUCCAGGGCUAAUUCACCUGGAGAGAAAUGUGUAAUGCACCUGACCUUAGAAAUGCUUAAAUAAGAUUUUAACUGAACCACUUGUAUGAUUUGUAAUACAUUUUAAAACCCUUGGGUUGGUUUAGGGUGUAUGUAUAUACUUGAUACAGCAUUAAAAUGCUUGUAUAAUUUGAUUUAACUGCAGCUUGUGUAAAAAUGUUUUAACCUGCAGGCUAGCCUGGAAUUUCUCAGGAUUAUCUGUUUACUUAAGGUCCAUAGGGAAUUUUGUCUAAAUGGAACCAUGUAUGUACGAUUUUAGGCACUUUUUAAUAUUAAUCAGGUUCCAAAAUAUUUUUAGGCGAUUUAAGUGUUAAAUGGAGGUCUUUUUAAUAGCUCUACUUAACACUGCUUGCAUAUUAUAGGAUUGAAGUUAUGACUAUGAUUUAGAAAGUAUUUGAUAUACGAAUUCCUAAAUCAAAUAGAAGUAAGCUAGCGUACACUUUUGCCCGCUUUUAUAAUAGUUACCACAGACCUUUCUGUUUUCAAACGAGUAUUAGCAAUUGUUGUACUUAUCUUGAUCAGGUGAGCACUGUGAAAGAUAUUUUUUAUAUUAUUCCAAAAGUUUUAGGCUUAGUUAAUCCCAGUUUUUUCCCUGGCAAGUAAGCAAUAAAACAAGUUUACCAGGACUUAAUUUUUUCCCUGACAACUAUUUUCACUUCAAGUCUGUAUUAUACUAAUAUGGACAUUUUUAAAAGUAUUAGAAUAUUAACUGGGUGCCAUUUUAUUAUUAUUAUGAGACAAAUGCCAAAAGUGUUUCUCAUUUUAAACAUGAUUAAUUUUUUCAAGAUAGUAAUUUCUUAAAUAAAAGGUUAAUUAAUUUAGAUUUAAAACUAAGAAUGAAAAACAAAACAAUAGAGAAGGUUAAAAUCUUUUUAUUUUUCAAUAUUUUUCUUUUUGUUUCUGAUAAAGUUAUCAGAAUUGAGCUGUAGAUAAUGUAAAUACACACAAAGCGUUGAAUUUUUUUGUCACUUGUACAGAAUGUUAUUUUUCAAUUGCAUGCUUAGUUUUUUAAAAAUUUUUAUAUUUGAUAAUUCAAUAGAAAAUUUUUAAUGUCUUACUUUAUAUAAGAAAUUUUAAACCACUUGUUAUAGAAAACAAAAAUAUAAAAAAAAAACGAAUGGAGCUGGCUUAUUAUACUGAUUAAGUGACAGCUGUUCCAUGAUAUUUACCUGGAGUUAAUGAAGGAGCUGACUAUGUGUUCAUGUUUGUUAUGAAAUAGUUUUCUCAUAGUUAUUGAUUUGACAUAACCCUGCAUACCAUAAAUUGAGAGUAUGAUGAAAAAAUUGUAUACACUUGGAUUUUAAAUUGAUUAAUUCAUAUCAAACUCUUAAAGUUGACUACAACACAACAGUAGCCAGCCCAGAGCAAUUGAUGUUUGCUUGGUACUGUACAGUUAUAUAAACCUGACAUUUUAUGCCAGUAUUGACGUAAUGCCUCGAAUUUAUUUAUUCUGCAAUUGGGUUGUAUCUACCCCAUUUCACUUGGUGCUGUUGGUGUAUGUAUGUGAGAGGAUCAGUGUAGAAUGUCAGAACACAACCUAGUGAUCAUUUCUUUAAUGCUGUUGAAACUAUUUCUUCCACAAAAACUAAACAAUUACUCAAAUUACCUACACACUCAUAUUCAGAUAUUGUUUGCUCUAAUACACUCAAUAGGCGUUGCUAUAUAUCAUGUUGUCAAAGUUAUUUGAAGUUCCUAGGAACCUGGCUCUUAUUUUUAAAAUUUGAACCAGAUGAAUAUUUUUGUCUAUUCCAUGGUCAAUCAUUAGGCAUAUCUUGUUAGCAAGGAUUUUUUAGGUGGAUUUAUUGUUUUGUUAAUUUGUUGCAAAAUAAAAUUAACCCACCAGUUUAAUACAUAACAUCUAAUUUAGUUUUAAAGAACUUGAAAAAUGUGUUAUUUAAAUGUAUUUGUUUCAUCAUUUAGAAAAUACUGAUCUUAUGUUAAAAUACAUAAAAAACAUGAAUGGUAUAAUUUGGCACUCUUACUUAUCUUUUUAUAAGAAUUUUUUGCACUAGUGUAUCAAGUCAACCGCAAUAACUAUUUUUGUAAUUCACUUGUAGAUUGCUACAUUUUAGAUAUGACUCUUAAUUUUACUACAUCCUUCAGAGAUGCAUUUAUAAAAAUAGUGCUGCCACACCUAGCAUUCAUUUACCACUAGUGAUAAUUUGUAAUUAAAAUGUUUGUGAAAUUGUGUGUUUGGUUACUGUUUUUAUUUAUUUCUCCAAUGUUUUCACAUGCAAUGAAAUGUCCUUAGAACUUGAUGAUGUUACAUGUACAACUGUCUGGCAACAAGUUAUGUGGGUUUGGGAGAUCAGAACUUGUUGACCAUAUAAUACAAGAAAUAUUCCACUAUUUAUGGAAAACACGAAUAAAUGAUUACAUUUUUUA